AUGGCAGAGCAUCUGUCCCAGAGUGAGCUGGACUACCCAUUCAAACUUCUGGAGUAUUUCAACGGCUUCAGGGUCUCCAAGGUGAUCUUUUCAGCCUGUGAGCUGGGAGUGUUUGACCUCCUGCUGAAGUCCCAGGAGCCCCUGAGCGCCCAGCAUGUGGCCCGGGAGCUGAGCACCAGUGUGGACGGGAUGGAGAGGCUGCUGGACGCACUGGUGGGCAUCGAGAUCCUGGAGGUGGAGACCAAGGAUGGGACAGCUCUGUACAGCAGCACUGACGUGGCGAAUCUUUAUCUGGCCAAAGGCAGCGGCAAGUCUCUUCACGACAUGAUCAUCUACCAAUCCCAGACCGUCUACCCGCUGUGGAACAACAUGGUGGACGCCAUCAGGGAGGGGAAGAAUCAGAAUGAAAAGACUUUCGGUAUUCCACCGGAGGAUAUUUUCCAAGCUAUUUACAGGUCAGAGGAGGAGAUGCUGAAAUUCAUGGGUCUGAUGAACUCCUCGUGGGUUCUUGACGGACACGACAUUGUAACAGCGUUCAACCUCUCCUGCUUCCAGAACAUAGUAGAUCUCGGAGGAUGCACUGGUGCUCUGGCCCGUGAGAUGGCGAAGGCGUAUCCGUCCUCCUGUGUCACAGUGUUUGACCUCCCGCAGGUCGUAGAAACGGCUCAGAAACAUUUCUGUCAGGAGAACGACGCUGUUGUAUUUCAAACUGGAGACUUCUUCAGCGGUGAAAUCCCUCCGGCUGAUCUGUACGUCCUCGCCCGGAUCAUUCAUGACUGGCCUGAAGAGAAGUGCCUGACGCUGCUGAAGAAGAUCUACAACACCUGCAAACCAGGGGGCGGCGUCCUGCUGGUGGAGGCCAUGCUGUUUGAGAACAGACGAGGGCCCGUCAUGGCUCAGAUCUUCUCCCUCAACAUGCUGGUGCAAAUGGAGGGCAGGGAGCGCCCGCCGUCCGAGUACACCCACAUGCUCAAGGAGUCCGGCUUCAGCAACGUUCAGGUGUGCCGAACCGGCAAGUCCUACGACGCCAUCCUGGCCAUCAGAUGAGCUCAGACCCGGGACUGUGAGACUCAUCCCUCAAGUCUGGGAAAGUAAAGAAACUUGAACUUUUCAAGGCCUUGAAAAGGUGGGAGGUGAAUCUGAACAUAUAAGCUCUGAAAAAGUCUCAGUGCUCACGGAUCUCCACUUUAUGUUGUGUUCAACCCCGGUGAGAUUCUCUAAUAUUGUGGCUCAACUUGUUUUUCAAGGAUCGUACUAACACAAACGUUCUCUGGAUGAUUAAUUCAGGUCAAAGGAAUAGUUAGAUAAUGGGAAAAACGCUUAUUAAAAUUAUGAAAUGGAAAGAUUUAUAUCACUCUUAUAUCUGUACACGAAAUACAAAACUGCAGCCAGUUAGCUUAGCUUAGCUUAAAGACUGGAAACAGGGGGAAACAGCUAGCCUGUCUGAAGGUAACUAAAUCAGCCUACACAUAUAAAAGCUGAUUAAUUAGUGUCCUAUAUCUUCUUUGUUAUAUCUGCACAAAAACAAACAAACAAUAUUCGCAGUCAUAUCUUUUUAAUAUCAGCUGGUCGCAGCCACCUAUCACAUAUACCGGAAUCAAACAGUAAAUAACGCAGUGUAUUAUAUCAGAUUAUAGUUUUAUUAUUGAUCACAGUUUUUCUGGAGUAUCAUGGAGAUGUAUUCCAAAAUUAUAAACCAAUUACUUACAGAUUUGAGGAAGCUUUUUAUGAAUAUUCAGCUAAAAUAUUGGACCAAUAUCACAUAAACAUAGUCUGUAAAUAUUUUUGCAAAACAAUUUGUACAAGAAAUGUUAUAUUCGUAAUCCUGGAUUGGUUAUUAUGGAUUUUUUUUACCUGUUUUUUAAAUAUUUUAAAAUAAAAAUAAGCAAAAAAAAAUGGCCCCGUAAAAAAACCAAAUGUAACUGUAACGUUUCCAUUCAAUCUUCAGAAUGAUAUGAGUGUGUUUUCCAGUUAAAAUCAAUGGGAAGCUCAAAUGAUUUGUUCAUCACAGAGCUGUUUUGGGCAACAGUUUAGUUAGUAACAUCAAGAUGUUAGUAACAAAGACACGGUCACCCAUGAAGGAUAAAGCAUAACAGAAAUAAAAACUACAUUUAAAAGCAAAAUCCAAAGAAUAAAUGAUCCAUUUCGUCCACCUUGCGAAGCAUAAACUAGUCCUUCCAUCUCAUUGAUCUCUUUGAUGAUUUCAAGCCAUUUAACAUCCAGAGAAACAUUUUGAGUUUCAGUGUGUUGAUUUAUUUUCAUUCUGUUGUCAAUUUAAAAACGAGCAAAGGGGAAAAAAAUCUAAUGAAAACCUUUAAAUGUGGUGAAAAAGUGAAGUUUCAGAAAACACUGAAUUUUGAGCUGUGUGUGUGUUUGAUGUUGUGUUACUGUGUGACUGUGAUGAGUUCAGGUUCCCUCUCAGACUGCAUGUAGAUCCGACUCUGCAGGACGACCCCUGUAUGAGAAACCUCAGUUUAACCUUCAAUCGCUUCCUCUGCCGGCUGGUAAAACGUUCUCAUUAUAGUUAACUCUUGAUGUAAAAUCACUGUAGUGCUGUUCACAAAAAACCCUGUUCUUAUUAAUGUGUGUCACGUGUUUACAACAGAAAGACAUUAACAUGGUCUCAGUGCUUAAUGAGUGCUGGAAAAUAUCACAUAUUAACAACUAGAUAGCUGUGGAAGAAGAGUAGGAACAUUUAAUUUUGUUGAGUAUAUUACGUUUUGUGAUUUGCAUGUGUGUCGUAGAUGAGCUACGAGUAGAAGAUAUAGAGAUGUUUUGAUCUGUAGUUUUCUGAUCAUUCCACAUGUUGGCAGCAUGCAUCCUUUCACAUUAAAUCAAAAAACAUCUGGUUUGUUCUUUUGUAAAUUGUUUUUAAGUGUAGUUCUUAUUAAGAGUUCUGCAUGUGAGGAUUAUUAAUUAAUGUCAUGUAACUGCUGAAAUUACACCAAGAUUAAACACAAACCAUAAAAUAUUACUUCUUUUUUUAUUGUAAUGUCCUAAAUACCAGUUGUUGUUUUUUUUUCAACUGUUGACAUAACAGGUAAUUUUCUGUCAUUUUCUUCUUAUUUCAAUGUGAAGGAAAAGAAUUACAACCAUAACCGUGUUCAUAUAACUCUACACUAAACCUGAGUAUGUAUGUUUAAUGU